GAAAAGGGCCAGGAGGGAAAGAGGGGCAGCGAUGGUCAAAUGGGUCCGCUGGGCCCCCCUGGACAUCCAGGCCCGCCGGGGAGUACAGGAGAGCUGGGUUCUCCGGGCCUGCCUGGCAAGGAAGGUCCGCCUGGCAUCCAAGGACGGCCUGGUGACAAGGGACCAGUUGGGCUGCCCGGACAGCCUGGACCACCGGGCAUCCAAGGUUUGCAGGGUCCUCCGGGCAAUGCAGGUCCUGUGGGUUCCACUGGAGAACGUGGCGAACGUGGUGAAACUGGGCCACCUGGAGUCCGUGGGCCGCAGGGACAGAGGGGACCGCAAGGGGCACCUGGGCCACAGGGUCUGAAAGGCGACCGUGGUACUGCAGGAGAAAGGGGCUCCAAGGGUCACCGGGGUUUAGUUGGUCUCCAAGGACUGCCCGGACCAGUGGGACCACAAGGAAGCAAAGGACCAAUAGGAAACCCCGGACCUCCUGGUGCACCGGCUGUUCUUCAUCUGGCGCUGGCCAGGCUCGUCCAGUCUCGAGCCGGUUCCACGUCACAGCGUUGGAGGACGAACGCUGAAAGGGCGCUGACCCUGGUUUUCCCGAAUCUCCCUUCGACUGAGCGACGCUUGGACCUCAGGUCGACCUUGAAUGCGUCUCGCCUCAUCAACCAUCGACGUCUGGCCGAGUGCCGCUACUGA